GCCCAUAUGACGUACAGCUCGAUUGCCUGGUGUGGCUCAACAUCAACUUUGACGAGCUGGCAAGCUGUUUACCUUGAACUUCAAUAUGCUCUAGGUGUUUCUAGACUUGCUCCUGAAAGAACGAUAAUUUUUUCUAGCAUUGCCCUGUUUAGUAACCUGUGAUUUCUGUUCCUCUUGUAGUCAACCCCUCCGCAGUGACCUGCCCCGCUAUAAUCGGGACCUUGACCAGGUCAAGUCAACUUCAUCCGAGCACUCACUCACUUCGAGGGUUUCUCAACUCAUUAGAGUUUACCGUUCCGGAAUUCCGAGCUCAGUACAUUUACGGUCACUGAAUCUUACCUGAAAUAGUCAAUCAUGACUAAAUCAGACCUCGACUUGCUCCUCGAGAUGGGCUUUGAGCCGGCGCGUGCCGAGCUCGCAGUCAAGAAGACUGGAGGAUUGCAGCAGGCCUUGACCUGGCUCGAGCAGAACCAAGACAAACCCUUGGAGGAGCUGCAAUCGAGCCAAGCAGCCACCGGUGCUGGUGAGGACGACGAACAGGGCACGCCGUCUCUGCCCUCUGGCGAAACCGCUCAGUCCCUCGUCUGCAACGAGUGCGGCAAGAAGUUCCGCAACCGCGAUCUAGCCUCCUUUCAUGCAUCCAAGACAGACCACACAGAUUUCUCCGAAUCGACAGAGGAGAUUGCACCCCUGACGGAGGAGGAGAAAAAGGCGAAACUGGAGGAGCUCCGAAAGAAGCUACAGGAGAAGAGGGCUCAUCAAUCCGUUGCUGAGAGGGAAGAGCAAAAGCGAAAUGAGCAAAUCCGCCUCAAGGCCACCAAAGAGUCGCAAGACAUCAAGGAGGAGCUGCAGCGCAAGGAGCAGAUGAAGGAGGCGGCCAAAAAGCGCCAGGAGAAGCUGGAGGACCUCGAGGCAAAGAAGCGGAUCAAAGCCCGGAUCGAGGCCGACAGGGCCGAACGCAAGCGCCGGGAAGAGGAAGCCAAGGCUCAGCGCGAGGGCAGGCCUCUGCCGGGCCAAACCAACACAGCGCCGGCUCCUGCAGCUCCCGCUGCUUCGACAUCAUCCGGGCCCUCCACUGCCACGACACGGUUGAGGUUCCAGUCCAAGAAGGGCGUGUUCGUCAAGACGUUCCCCAGCGAGACAACGCUCUUCGAGGUUGCCGAGCAGAUCCGGGAAGAGGUGAUAUACCCGGUAAAGAGCUUUACAACGACAUUUCCCAGGAAAACAUUCGAGGCCGGCAUCGACUUUGGGAAGACUCUGGCAGAGGCAGGCCUGGCGCCCAGAACACGUUUGGCAAUCGACAGCAACUUGCCGGUAUGUGAGCACCCUGAUACCUGCCCACUGCGGUACUGGAUCCAUCGAAGAGACAACCCCGCAUUCUCCAAAUACAGGGGUAUCUUAACCCCUCUACUGCGAUCUCGCUGCUCGCCCACCAUGGCCACAAAGUCCGAGCCAAAGAAGAUGGAGUGGCUGGUCGUCAUCCCCGAUAUCCCCGGCGCUCACGAGAAGCGCCUCGCGGUCCGCCCUCAGCACUUCGCCAACCUCGGACCCCACAAGGAGUCGGGAUUGUUCCAGAUGGGCGGCGCCGUUCUUAACGACGUCCCUGACUCAUUAAACGAUCCCUCCAAAUUCUCCUUUGCCGGCAGCACCAUCGUCAUGCUGGCGUCGAGCCGCGAGGAGAUCAAGGAGGUGCUGCGCCAGGAUGUGUAUGCCAAGUCCGGGGUGUGGGAUGUCGAGAAUGCUCAGAUGUGGCCUCUUCUGUGUGCCUUCCGCAACCACAAAUGAGGAUCCCCAAAGGGUGAAGGGAUAGGCGGUGGAGAUAUAAGAAGCAGAUGACCAUAGGUUUUGACAAUGGGUUUCUUAGCCUUACACGUCAUGGCUCUGAAAAGCUACCAUGGCAAUAGAAGAAGCAACGCUCCCUAAACUUUGUAACUAGAACACGACCUAACCUUCCGACCCAGAACACAGAUUAGCCUCCCAAACAGUAACCACGCCGAACCGGCGUUGCCGCCGCAAAAAAACCGGCCGUAUGCCCACUCAGAACGCCAUGCGGGUGCGUACAAGC